UGAGAUUGCGGGAACUCCAAAAUAUCCUAGCAAUGAAAUCUCUCCAAUGUCAGAGCCACAUUUCGCAGACAACCUUGGACGUCGACGCUGCUGGAGGACUGAAAAUGAAGCUGCAGCCAACUUGGCCUGGUCGAUCGGACGGCUCAUGCUUCUCAUACCUUCCGUCAUCGAAAAUCAACUGUUCAAAGAACAGAAACACAUCAAUUCCAUCUUCGAGCCGGCAGAUUCCGUUCUGCUUCAGGCCGUCGGAGCAGGUGCGCGAUUUCUCUGCUCUACCGUAUGACGUCGUAGCGAAGAUCGCAGGCUCGUUCAGCCUCCAAAACUUGCGAUCGGCGUCGCUGGUGUGCAAGUCGUGGUGCGAGGCUCUCCGGCCUCUGAGGGAGGCGAUGCUGUUCUUCCGCUGGGGGAAGCGGUUCAAGCACGGCCGUGGUGGGGUUCGCCCAAAUCUGCACAAGGCUCUCGACUCCUUCCUCAAAGGCGCGGCUCGUGGCUUUACUUUGGCUAUGGUCGACGCCGGUUUAAUCUACUGGGAACUGGGCAAAAAGGACAAGGCCCUAGCUUUGUACCACAAAGCGGCGGCUCUUGGCGACCCAGCUGGACAGUGCAAUUUGGCUAUUUCUUAUCUGCAAGCGGAAUCUCCAAAUACUAAGGAAGCUCUUAAAUGGCUAUAUAAAGCUUCCCUAGCUGGCCAUACCCGUGCUCAGUACCAAUUUGCGCUUUGUCUGCAUCAGGGUCGUGGGACAGAUCCCAAUAUGCAAGAGGCCGCUAGAUGGUAUUUAAAAGCCGCCGAAAGUGGUUACGUGCGUGCCAUGUACAACGUCUCGCUGUGCUAUUCAUUCGGUGAAGGCUUAGUGCACAGUCAUCGACAUGCGAGGAAAUGGAUGAAGCGGGCGGCUGAUCGCGGUCACACUAAGGCUCAAUUGGAGCACGGACUGGCUCUCUUUUCUGUUCUGAUGGUAACAAUUGGGCAGGAAGGGGAAAUGAUGAAAGCUGUAGUGUACCUGGAACUUGCCACCCGUGCUGGUGAAAGAGCAGCAGCUCAUGUUAAGAACGUAAUUCUCCAACAACUGUCAGCAAAUUCACGCGAUCGAGUCAUGUUUCUCGCUGACAAUUGGCGUGCUUUGCCUUCAUCUCGCUGAGCAGUAUAGCUGUAUCUGAAAUGGUUUGUAAAGUUCUACAUUCUCUGAUCCUUUGCAUUAGAGAACAUUUUUCUGCGGUCCUCUUCUUUUUUUUGAGAGAUGUUUCAGGGUACACGUCAAGAACAUAUAUCCAUUAAUUCUCUCAUCUCGGGUAUCCUUUCCUGCUGUUUGUUUUUCAUAGUGAAAAUUUGAAAUUACUAUUCUAAUUGGAGCAUUUAGUUGUCUUGUAUUUGGAAUUUCACAGUUUGAGCUUGCUAAAUCGGGAGUGUGAGAAACUAACCAAUUGUCUUGUUUGAGUUCUCAGUAGCAUCAUUGAGGGACAUGUUACCCGUUCUAUCUUCUAAACAUGGUUGGCAGGUGCAUGAGAUGGUUUUAGACGGUAAUCUGGUGUAUCAUAGGAACUGUUGAUAGUAAUUAGUAAUUGUUUGCAGUAAACAAAAUUGUUCUAACGACCAGUGAAUCGCCCUAAAGGUAGGCUCAUCCCCUACAAGUAAAAUUGAACUACUUCAUUUCUGGGGCUGUUAAUGUCCUCCUACAUACUAUUGAACUUGGCAAUUCACCAUCUGGUUUUUUUCACCUAUGAUCAGGACAUGAUGAUUAUGGAGAUUCAGCAGGGCAAGAAAGAAAUGAUUUCCUCAAAUGUGAUUGUUCUCUCUCAAUUUCAAAGUUCAGAGCCGACUGUAAUCGUGUAUAUUAUUGUACAUGACUCGAAUGAGAGAAAAUUACUUGCUA